GAGAAAGGUCCGCAAACGCCUCCUACUCGCCUGUAACAGGGCAAAGCCUUCAAUCUACUGCCAGAAGUUCUCUUGUCCGAGCUGGAAAGGGACAUACAUGGGAGCAAGAUGCAGAGCCCUUGGCCGCGACCGCACAAGCAGCCCGCCGCAGCAGCGGCCACUGCGGCUCGCACGCAGCAAGAGCAGCGUAGCAAGCGCCCUGGCUGCAACCCUGCUGGCAGUAGCGGCAGCAGCAGUAGCAGCUGCGGCAGCUCGGUGCGGGCCUGACGCCAGCACAAGCGACGACCCGCCGCGUGUGCCCGCGACCACUACCGCCAGCAGUGGUAGCAGUAGCAGUGGCAGCGCCGCCAGCAGCAGCGUGCACUACAGCGCCCCGGGACUGCCUAGCCUCCACCGCCGACGGCUGCUGAACGGCAAUGCCAAGUUCAGCCUGACCUGGUACGGACUGGGUCAGCGCAAGACCAACUUCGCCGGCACCGUCACGCCUGACGCCGGAGUGCAGGGCGCGCUCAGCCGCACCGUGGGGCCGCCGCUGCCGCCAUCCGCCAAGGGCGGCGGGGCCGGAGGCGGUGGCGGCGGCGGCGGAGGCGGCGGAAACGGCGGCGGUGGCGGAAACGGUGAUGGCGGUGCCGGCGGUGGUGGUGGGGCGGGCAGCGCCCGGCGGUCGCGUAGGCCUGGGAUUGCGCCUGGGGGCGGCACGAUUUCCCCGUAUAGUGGCGGCGGCCUCAGUGCGCGGUCUGCCGGCGGCACCCUGCCCCUCACGCAGCAGGGGACCCCGAUCGCGCCGGUGCUGGGCGGGUCGGGGCAGGGUAUCGGCGGCACACCGGCGGCAGGGCCGCUGUGAUUAUGACGUGAAGUGCGCCAGGGGGCGGGGAGCCGCGGGCUCACAGGUUGGGUCGGUCGAGGAGGACGUGUGGCAGGCACGAGGCCGCGUGGGCAGGCUUGGCACAGCGAGCGAGGAAGCGAGCACGAUCUUGACUGCAUUGAUAUGAAACUGUUGGCUGUUUGCGAGGCAUGUAAACGCAGCUGUCU